AUGUCGCAAACCUCGCUGGCAAUUACAACCUCGUCGUUAGGAUUGCAUCCCUCCCACAGUCUCCCUGAAAAGAUCAAGGCCGCUGCAUCAAACGGAUUCUCCUUGAUUGAGAUCGUCUACCAAGAGAUAGACGACUACGGGUCUUCUCAAAAUCCACCGCUUAACAUACACACCGCCGCUCUUGCAAUUGCACAAUUAUGCUCUUCAGUUAAUCUGGCAGUGCUGGCUCUCAACCCGUUCAAAAACUUCGAGGGCCACAACUCGCCGCUUCCUGACAGACUAGAGUCUGCUCGCCACUGGAUCGAGAUUGCCGCGUGCUUGGGAGCAAAGUACCUGCAGGUACCCUCGCAGUUCGACACGGCCAAUAGCACCGGAGACUGGUCACUCAUGGUGACAGAACUGCGUCAACUGAGUGAUCUGGCCUCCUCGCAGUCCAUCAGCAUUGCCUACGAAGCCGUUGCGUGGGGCAGCUACAUCGAUACGUGGGAGGAUUCCCUGCAGAUGGUACAAGAUGUCAAUUCUCCAAACUUUGGUCUCUGUCUGGACUCUUUCCAUGUUGCUGCACGGGUCUGGGGGGAUAAUACCGUCGAGAGCGGCGUUCGCGUUGAUACAGACGUAGCUCUGCAGGCCUCUCUAGACCGGUUUGUUGAAUCGUGUCCUUUAGACAGGAUCUUCUACGUCCAGUUCUCAGAUGGAGAGAGGGUUUUGCCUCCACUGUCACCCCGUCAUCGAUUCUACCAGGAGGGUUUUCCUUCGGGCUUGACAUGGUCGCGGAACAUGCGUGUUUUCCCACUGGAAACAGAGCUCGGCGCCUAUCUGCCUGUGGUGGAGAUUGCCCGGGCAUGGCUCCACCGGAAGCAAUGGACGGGUGUAGUCUCUAUAGAGAUCUUUGACUGGCGAAUGCGAGACGAUGAAUCCAGACGACCGGAUGAGAAUGCGAAUCGGGGAAUGAGAUCAUGGGAGAAACUGGUGGAUGCUCUAGAUAAACAUCACUGA